CCACUUUGAAGAUCGCUUUCACGGAUCGGAUUAGUCGUUGGCUGGAUAUUCACGAAGAAGACCACACAAAUGGACUUUAACAACUGCGGCUUCAUAGAUCCGCAGGCCCAGCUGGCAGCAGGUUUGGCUAAGCCAGACAUCCGGCAGUUCCUCGCAGCCCUGGACAGCGGUGCCCAGGCUGAUCUGCAGGACGACCGCCACACAAGCAUCUUCGAAAAGGCCCUGUCCACACCAGGCUGUCGGGAGUUUAUAGAGGCAUGCAUUGACCACGGCAGUCAGGUCAACUACAUCAACCAUAAGCUCAACAAGGCAGCAGUAAACUACGCCGCCGACUCAAGGGAUCCCGGGAACCUGGCGGCGCUUCUAAAAUACCGCCCGGGAAAGAAGGUGCAGGUUGACAGAAAGUACGGGCAACUCACACCACUCAACUCGCUGGCCAAGAAUCUCUCAGAGGAGAAUGCAUCAUCAGUGUUAUCCUGCAUGCAACUGCUGCUGGACUACGGCGCAUCGCCGAACAUCGUGGACCAGGGCGAGUUCACACCACUGCAUCACGUGCUGAGGAAGAGCAAGGUAAAAGCAGAGAAGCAGGACCUGGUUCAGUUAUUUUUGAACCAGCCGGAUCUAGACAUCGACAGCUACCGAAACGGAGAGGUACGUCGACUGCUGCAGGCACAGUUCCCGGAGCUCAAACUGCCGGAUGAGCGCCAGACCGGGCCGGAGGUCGACAUCCAGACCCUCCAACGGACCCUGCGUGACGGAGACGAAGGACUGUUUGAGCAGCAGUUCGCAGAGUACCUGCAGAGUCAUAAAGGAAUGCCAGACAACCAACUGAACGCUCACCAGGAGGAGUACUUUAGUCUGCUGCAGGAGAGCAUAAAAAGGGGCAGGCAGAGAGCCUUCGAGGCCAUCCUGGACACCGGCAUAGACAUCAACUCGAAGCCCGGUAGGGCCAACGAAGCGAGUCUCGUCGAGUCUGCCGUGAUAUACGGCAACUGGCAGGCCCUGAAACGACUGCUAAAGGAACCGAGUUUAAGGCUGACACCCGAUUCCAGGUUACUCAACGCGGUGAUCGGCCAUCUAGAGGAGCCGCCCUACGACGACUUCAACCAUCAGCGCUGUUUUGAAUUGCUGAUAGACUGCGAACGCGUGGACGUUAACGAGGCUGAUUCAGGGCGUCUGGUGCCCCUGUCCUACGCUGUGAAAUACCGUAAUACGCUGGCGAUGCAGAAACUUCUAAAGCACGGCGCCUACAUUGGCUCCAAGAGCGUAUUUGGAACACUGCCCAUCAAGGAUAUGCCACCCGAGGUCCUCGAAGAGCACUUUGAUUCAUGCAUCACUACUAACGGAGAAAAACCCGGCGAACGAAACUUCGAAAUCAUCAUCGACUACAAAAACUUGAUGCGUCAGGAGCGGGAUUCUGGAAUGGGCAAGCCCCCUGCUCCUUGCAAUCAGCUGCACGACGAGAUGGCCCCAAUCUCUUUUAUAGCCGAGUCAAAGGAGAUGCGUCACCUGCUGCAGCACCCUCUCAUUUCGAGCUUUCUCUUCCUCAAGUGGCACCGUCUUUCGGUCAUAUUCUACCUGAACUUCCUACUGUACUCGCUUUUCACCGCCUCCAUCAUCACCCACACACUCCUAAAAUUUCACGAGAGCGAUCAAAGGGCUCUCACCGCCCUUUUUGGAGUCCUCUCCUGGCUAGGAAUAGGCUAUCUCAUAGUCCGGGAGGCCAUCCAGUGGGUAAUGUCCCCAAUUCGUUAUUUUUGGUCUAUUACUAACAUAAUGGAGUUGGCUCUGAUAAUACUAUCCAUCUGUACCUGCAUUGAAUCCAAUUUCGAUAAGGAGACGCAACGAGUUCUUGCAGUCUUUACUAUCCUUCUGGUGUCCAUGGAGUUCUGCUUGCUGGUGGGCUCUCUGCCAGUGCUCUCGAUUUCAACCCACAUGCUUAUGUUGCGCGAAGUAUCGAGUAGUUUCGUAAAGAGCUUUGCUCUCUACUCGAUCUUCGUGCUGACCUUCAGUUUGUGCUUUUACAUCCUCUUCGGAAAGCCAGAAGUAUCGGAGCAAUUAAGCACGCCGGAUCCGAGUGUCUCAAAGAAGGGAGAGGACGAAGGGGACUUCAACACCUUCACCAAGCCCAUCGAGGCUCUGAUCAAGACAAUCGUGAUGUUGACAGGAGAGUUUGAUGCCGGAGACAUCAAGUUCACGAGUAUCUACACUUACUUGAUCUUCCUGCUAUUUGUGUUCUUUAUGACGAUUGUGCUGUUCAACCUGCUGAACGGUCUGGCCGUAAGCGACACCCAGGUCAUCAAAGCCCAGGCGGAACUGAACGGCGCCAUCUGCAGGACCAACGUACUGAGUCGCUAUGAACAGGUGUUGACUGGACACGGCCGAGCUGGGUUCCUGAUGGGGAAUCAUCUCUUGCGCAGCAUCUGCCAACGGUUAAUGAACAUCUACCCCAACUACCUUAGCCUGCGCCAGAUCACCGUGCUGCCGAACGAUGGCAACAAGGUGCUUAUACCCAUGAGCGAUCCUUUCGAGAUGAGGACUCUGAAGGGCAACAAGCAGGCCAGCUUUACCCAGCUACCCAUGAGUGCUUCGGUGCCCCAGAAGAAGCUGCUGGAUCCCCCGCUGAAACUUUUGCCCUGCUGCUGCUCCAUGCUUACCGGAAAGUGCUCCCAGAUGGACGGCCGGACGGUGAAAAUGGCCCUGGCGGUAAUCGACCAAAAGAACACCACGGAGCAGAGGCGGAAGCAGGAGCAGAUCAACGACAGUCGACUGAAGCUGAUCGAGCACAAGCUGGAGCAGUUGUUGCAGCUGCUCCAGGAUCGGAACUAGUGGAGCCACUCUCGUAUUAUAGUAUAGCUAUUAGUAUUGAUUAGACUAAUCCACUUUCGAGAUCGAUUCGCAUUUAACUUGCAGUAUAAAGGCCGAGUUAGUCGGAAAUUGUUUUUAUUAACAUACGAGUAAUGAAAUUGAACAAAACCCUUAAUAAUUGUCAGUAAGUAAGUAGUAUAUAAUGGUUAUAUAGACAGUAAAUAUUGUAUAAACGAAUAUCUUUACUGUACCAUUUGUACCCGAGUAAAUAUUUAAUUUCAAAUGUUA